AAAAGGCUUUUGCCACUGUGCCAGCACAUUUCUUACUAAUACAUCUUUGCCUUUAUUCUUCUUCUUCUUGGACUGUUUCUUUUCCAAAAAAAAUUCCAAACAAAAAAUGGGAGAGAGUUUUAACAGUAAACUUCAAUGGUUUCUUCUUCUACUUUUUUUCUUCAUUUCCUUUUCAAGAUCAGCUGAUGCUUACAAGAAUUACACAGUAGGUGAUUCUUUGGGUUGGUUUGAUAAUCUUCAAAAGCCUACUGUUAAUUAUGGAAAAUGGGUUGCUGGCAAAAACUUUAGCCUUGGUGAUUUUCUCAUUUUCAACACGGACAAUAACCAUUCAGUCAUUCAAACUUACAACUUUACCACAUACAAAAGUUGUGAUUACGACAAUGCCCUAAACAACGAUACUAUACAAUGGUCAUCAACAGAUCCAUCAUCAACUUCAGUUUAUCCGGUUUCAAUUGCCGUGCCACUUCUAAAAAUUGGAACUACUUAUUUUUUCUCUGGCGAUUACGACGGCGAACAAUGCCAAAACGGUCAGAAUUUUAAAAUAAACGUGACACGUGGUCAAGGAUUAGCUCGGAGCCUCAGAAAUCCGUCUGACGACGAUUCAGAGGCUCCGAUGAGUCCGAUUUCCGGUGACGAUGAAUCGGUACCAGAUACAAUAGUUCCUGCUUCUUUUGAUCAUCCACAUGAAGUGAGUGAUGAUAGUCCUGAACCUUCAAAUUCUGUUUCACUCUCAACAUUUUCUAAGUUUUUUGGUACACAAUUAAAUCGGAUUUUUGUUGUAGUUGGUUUAGCUUUUAGUAUUUGUUGAUUAUAGGAAUUUUAAUUUUUUUUUUCUGUGUUGUAUUUACCCUUCAAUUCAUACCUAUAGUACAGAGCGUAGAGGUUUUGGCAUUAGACUAUUGAUUGUAUAAUAUCACCGUUUAUUUCUUUCAAUUGUUAACUCUAUAUUCUUUUUCAAUUUACUACAUUUUGGAGUC